UGGACAGCACAAAGCUUGAACACUCUGAACUCAAUUCGGAUUCUGAUGUUUUUAUCAAAGAAAACCCCUUUAUGGAGAGGAGAGAAAAGAAGAAUCAACCAAAGCCAAGCCCCUCUUUCUCUCUGUACAUGUUCUGUUUUGUCUUGAAGCUUUUGGAUGGAAAUGGCAUGGAAGAUGAAAGUUAAGAUAUUAGAUUGGAUCUGUGGUUGUUGGGGGAGUCAAAUUUGAAAAGCAAUAUAUAUCCUAAAGCUAGAGGUAGAGGUCUCAUUAUCCCAAACAAAAAAAUAGAACUCUCAUGGACUUAAAACAAGUGUUUAUUUCUCACAGGUAAAUAUUUUUUGCUGUUUGUUUUGAAUUGUUUCUAUUGUGCAGAUUUUGGGUGUCAAGAAUUUGGUUUAUUCUGGGCAUUUUGGGUGUUUUGCCAGUGUGAUUUCCAUUUUGAGGAAUGGUGGGUAUUAGGAUAUGAGAGGUGGGUCGUGUCGGCAAGAACAAGUUUUCAAACUUGCGGUCAUCCUCCAAGAGUCCGAUGACUCCACCACAACUUGCGACCCCCUCCUUCCAUGGCUCUGGUCGAUAAAGAGGGCGUUGGACAAAUGGUACUCCGGUGACCACUCCAGUGCAGAUCUCGACAAGCUUCUUUCAGAUUGUAUAACUGCUUUCAAGCACAGUGCGCAGUACAGAAACGACAUCAGAUUUCUCAAGAUUUGUGCAAGUAAGGAAUUGAAGACUGAAAAUUGAGAAAGAAGAUAGGCCUACCAAAAAAGUUUACAAGGGUAAAUGCAAGAAUUAGCAAGUGUUUUGAACAAAGCACUAAUCUAUAACUACCUUAUAGAAGAUCACAAUAAAAACCACUUUUUUGGGGUUUCAAGUAAUGGGAUUUGGGAUGAAGGAUGUCUUUUUUGAAGUGGCUUUGGUUCUGAUCUUCAAUAUUUUAGGACUCAUUUACUGACUCAUUAUCCUUUUGCUGCAACAAACUGAUUUGGGAUGAACAAUGUCUUUUUUCACUACUUUAGGACUAAUUCACUGUUUUAUCAUCUCUUUGGUGUGACAAGUUGUUGAACUUUCUAUAGUUUUUUAUGAUGUAUUUAUGUUGCAAUGUGAAUUUGCAUGGCAAAUCAAUGAAACUACUAGGUUGUU